CGUUCGCCGCCGCCGCCCAGCCCGGCUGCACCGGCCGGGGGCACCGUCGGGACCGGGAGCACCGGGAGCACCGGGGGAACCGGGGGGUACCGGGGGGUACCGGGGCACCGGCCCCGCACAAUGAUCUGCGGCAGGAAGGCUCGUCCCGCCGCCGAGCAGCCCCGCUCCCCGUCGGACGGCUCCGGUGGCCCCCGCCGGCCCGGCAGAGCCUUGAAGAAAAUGGGCCUGACGGAGGACGAGGACAUCCAGCGGAUGCUGCGGGGGUCCCUGCUCCGGAAGAUCAAGUCCCGGGGGGGCCCCAGGGAGCGGCUCUUCUGCCUGCAGGAGGACGGGGUGACUGUCUGCUUCGAGGGGCGCUUCGGACGCGCUCGCUCCCAGCAGAGCUUCUCGGUGAUGCACAUCGAGGGGGUGCGUGAGGGACACCAGUCAGAGGGUCUACGCAAGUACGGUGCCGCCUUCCCCGAGCGCCACUGCUUCACCCUCGUCUUCAAGGGCAAGCGCAAGAACCUCGACCUGGCUGCGCGGGGCGAGGAGGAUGCCCGCCACUGGGUGCAAGGUCUCACCAAGCUGAUGGGGCGGCUGCAAGCCAUGAGUCAACCGGAGAAGCUCGACCACUGGAUCCAUGGGGUCCUGCAGCGAGCAGACAGGAAUAAGGACAACAAGAUGUCCUUCCGGGAGGUAAAGAGCAUGCUGAGGAUGAUCAACAUCUACAUGGAUGAUGUCUACGCCUACAAGCUCUUCAAGGAGUGCGACCACUCGGGUGACGAGCGCCUGGAGGGCCGGGAGGUGGAGGAGUUUUGCCGACGGCUGCUGCGGCGGCCGGAGCUGGAGGAGCUUUUCGGGCGUUAUUCGGGCGAGGACCGUGUCCUGUCGGCUGAGGAGCUGCGGGAUUUCCUACGGGAUCAGGGCGAGGACGCCAGCCUGCGCCAGGCCCGUGCCGUCAUCCGCGCCUAUGAGCUCAACGAGAAGGCCAGGCAGCAGGACCUGAUGAUGCUGGAUGGCUUCAUGAUGUACCUCCUCUCGGCUGCUGGUGACAUCCUCAACCAGGAGCACACCAAGGUGCACCAGGACAUGAGCCAGCCCCUGUGCCACUACUUCAUCUCUUCCUCCCACAACACCUACCUGACCCACAACCAGAUCGGCGGCACCAGCAGCACCGAAGCCUAUGUCAGGGCACUGAUGGCGGGGUGCCGCUGCGUGGAGCUGGACUGCUGGGAGGGCUCUGAUGGGGAACCUGUCGUCUACCAUGGCCACACGCUUACCUCCAAAAUCCUCUUCCGCGAUGUCAUUGAGAGCAUCCGUGACUAUGCCUUCAAGCAAUCGCCCUACCCAGUCAUCCUGUCCCUGGAGAACCACUGUGGGCUGGAGCAGCAGGCCACCAUGGCCCGGCACAUGAAGGCCAUCCUGGGGGACAUGCUGCUGACGCAGCCGCUGGAGGGGCAGGACCCCCACAACCUGCCGUCCCCGGAGCAGCUGAAGGGGAAAGUCCUGGUGAAGGGCAAGAAGCUGCCAGAGCCAUGGCAUGAGCACCGGGGUGUCACCUCCCUUCUGGACCCUGAGGAGGAGGAAGAGGAGGAGGAGGAAGAGGAAGAGGAGGAGAAGCUGCAGGAGAGAAACAGCCGGCGGUCGCUGCAGUCGCUGCAGGAGAUCAAACCUCUGCAGGCCAAGGAUGCCUCGCAGGUGGCCCCAGAGCUGUCGGCCGUGGUGGUGUACUGCCAGGCUGUCCCCUUCCCCGGCCUGGCCCAUGCCCUGCGCCACCCCCGGCCCUGCGAGAUGUCGUCCUUCAGCGAGAGGAAGGCUCGGAAGCUCAUCAAGGAGGCGGGCCCGGCGCUGGUCCAGUACAAUGCCCAGCAGCUCAGCCGCGUCUACCCGCUGGGGCUGAAGAUGAACUCCUCCAACUACAACCCCCAGGAGAUGUGGAACGCCGGCUGCCAGCUGGUGGCCCUCAACUUCCAGACACCAGGCUAUGAGAUGGACCUGAACGCUGGGCGCUUCCUGGGCAACGGGUGCUGUGGCUACGUGCUGAAGCCCCCCUGCCUGCGCAGCCCCCCCGGAGAGGGGACCCACCGCCUGGCGCUGCACGUCAGGGUGAUCACGGCGCAGCAGCUGCCCAAGCUGAACAGGGAGAAGGGGAGCUCCAUCGUGGACCCCUUCGUGCGGGUGGAGAUCCACGGCGUCCCGGCCGACUGCAGCAAGCAGCAGACCCACCACAAGCUCAACAACGGUGAGCGUCUGCCAGGCCACCACGGCCCGGCCACCGGUCCCCAGGGACACCCCAGGGCACCCAAACCUUGGGGACACCCCCAGGGCACCCCGAUCUCCAGGGCACCUUGUCCUCAGGAGCACCCCGAUCCCAGGGUCAGCCCAGGGCACCCUGAUCCUGGGGGCACCCCAGAGCACCCUGAUCCUGGGGGGUGGCAGAGCCCUCGGGCACCCAACACCCCGGGCACCCGCUGGCCCCUGCACCCCAGCUGCCACCCCUGUUGAGCCAGUGCCCAGGACACCCCAGUCCCCCCAGUGCACCCCAGUCCUGCAGUGCCCCAUCCCCAGCACAGCCUUAUCACCACUAGUGGCAGGGCCCCAGCAUGUCCCAGUUCUCCCCAGUGCUGCUCCCUCCUGCCUCUAGUAUAUCUAGCACAAGCCCAGUAUGACCCCCAUUCUCCCCAGUAUACUUCAGCCCAACCCCAGUAUGACCCCCAUUCCAGCAGUAUAGCCCAGCCUGGCCCCAGUAGGACCCACAUUCCCCCAUUAUAGCCCAUCACAGUUCUAGUAUGACCCCCAUUCGCCAAGUACAGCCCAGCCUGGCCCCAGUAUGACUCCCAUUCCCCCAGUAUACCCCAUCACAGUUCUAGUAUGACCCCCAUUCGCCCAGUACAGCCCAGCCUGGCCCCAGUAUGACCCCCAUUCCCCCAGUAUACCCCAUCACAGUCCUAGUGUGACCCCCAUUCCCCCAGUAUACCCCAUCACAGUCCUAGUGUGACCCCCAUUCCCCCAGUAUAGCCCAGCCUGACCCCAGUAUGACUCCCAUUCCCGCAGUAUACGCCAUCACAGUCCUAGUAUGAGCCCCAGUCCAGCCCAGUCCAGCCCCAUUAUGACCCCCAUUCCACCAGUAUAGCCCAGCCUGGCCCCAGUAUGAACCCCAUUCCACCAGUAUACCCCAUCAUGGCCCCGCUAUGACACCUCUUCCCCAGUAUACCCCAUCACAGUCCUAGUGCGACCCCCAUUCCCCCAGUACAGCCCAGCCUGACCCCAGUAUCACCCCCAUUCCCCCAGUCUGCCCCACUCCCCACAGACCCCAGUGCAGGAUGGCGGCUAAGCUGGGGCAGGGGUGAGCGCAGUGGAGGGUCGCACUGGUCCCCACGCCCAGGGCAGUGGGUGGCCCUGGUGGCCGCGGUGGCAGCGCCCACCCCCCCCCCCGUCCUGGUGCCAUAGGCUUCAACCCACGCUGGGAGGAGACGCUGAGCUUCCAGCUGCGGGCGCCUGAGCUGGCCCUGGUGCGCUUUGUGGUGGAGGACUACGACAGCACCUCCUGCAACGACUUCGUGGGGC